AUGUCUACCGCGGUGGAGAAGGCUGAGGCCCUCCACCUCUCAGGAAUCGGAGCUGAUGCUGUUGGCGUCACUGAGGUUGAUGGGUACGAGAGCUACGGUCUUGUCAAGUCGAGGUUUGACGAGCUCUCUAUCCCUCGCACGUUGUGGGUGUUCAGGCGCGUUGUCAUCAUCGUGCUCGCCGUCUACACCGGCUACGUUUGUGAAGGUUUCGAGCUUGGUGCUGGAGGCAGUGUCAUCGCAAAUGCUGGUUUCAUCAAACAGUUCGGUGACGGUAAUUCAGGCGUGACGGCACUUAGCCCGACCUGGGUAUCUACGUGGAGUGCACUUCUGAAUGUUGGUCAAAUCGUCACCUUCACCCACAUCUCUUGGUUUACCGACAAAUAUGGCCGCAAGACAUCAUUUUACCUUGCAUGGACCUGGCUCGUUGUUGGGUGUAUCUUCCUCAAUACGGCCAAAAGUCCAUCCGUUUGGGCCCUCGGCAAGCUCUGCAAUGGUGCCGGAAUCGGUGUACUCCAGAUCACAUGCCAGGUGUAUGUCAUGGAAAUCUGCCCAAACAGAAUCCGAGGUGGGAUGGUCACCUUCCAAGCGGUCUGGAGCAAUAUCGGUGGUAUUGUGGUCGCUGUGAUGAUGCAACAGCUCAAUCAGAAGCAUCCCGAUAAUUACUUGCUCGCAAUGCGGAUCCUUUGGGCACCGAUCGGCCUGAUGAUCGUCUUCUGGGCCUUUGUCCCCGAAUCGCCGUGGUUCCACGCUCGCCACGGGAAUAAAGAGCAAGCACUUAAGGCCAUGAAGCAACUUUAUGGUGGUGUGAAGGGUUACGAUUAUGAAGAGGAGUACGGCAUUAUUGAGAGGACAAUCGCACACGAGAGUAGCAUGCUUCAGGGAAAGCCGACUAUUAUGGACAUUUUCAAAGGGUUAAACCUAGUAGGCGGCGCUUUCACCUUGAUCAAACAUAAGGAGCAAUACAUAACUGACCUAACCCAGAAACGAACACUCACCGUGAUGGUCCUCGCCGUCACUCAGCAACUCGCCGGCCUUGCUAUCAUCUCAACCUACUCAACUUACUUCUUUUCUCUCGCUGGCUUGGAGGAUCCCUUCUUAGGCUCAGUCAUUCUCUCUUGCUGUAAUUUAUUGGCAGUCUUGCUCUGGUCUUUAAGCACCGACAAGCUUGGACGUCGUACGAUCAUCAACACAUGCCAGACAGCCGUCUGCGUGAUCCUCUUCAUUGUUGGCGGUCUACAUUGGUCAGGAGCGACGGGAAGCAACGCUGCGGCCGGCACUGCACUAUUGGUUAUCUGCUGCUUCUGGACAUUCUCAUUCCAAGUCAUCGCCAUGUCAUACUAUGUUUUCUCUGCCGAGCUGCCCUCUGCUCUCCUUCGAAUCAAAACCGGCCCUGUCACUUUCUUCACAAACUCGAUCAUGGGGAUCGCCACGUGCUAUGCGACUCCUCCGAUGCUUCUCGCUCUAAGUCUCAAGACAGGCUUCGUCUACGCCGCCUUUUCCGUGCCUAUCUGCGUCAUCCUCUGGAUAUAUCUCCCUGAGACGAAGGGCCGAUCCGCCGCCGAAAUCGACGAGCUAUACGAGCGCAAGAUUCCAGCGUGGAAAUGGUCCAGGACUAGAACGGCUGCCGAAGGGCAAAUGCAUGCAGUGGUAGAAGUGAAAGGUAGCGUCAAGCAUACUCAAACUUCGACUAACGAUCAACGGACCACCACAGCUGGACAAGUAUCCGCAGUAUAG